AUUUCAAACGAUUCUCUUGUUCUUUGGCCUCACACCAGGAACCUCCAAAUGUAACAAAGAAAAGAGUGACAUGGGACUAGAUCUGUCAUUAUCAGGAUCUUGAGGAGUCCUCUGGGAGUUAAAAUGAGUUCUCUACUGCCGAGGGUUGAGGGGGCUGCUGCCCCUGAAGAAAGACUUAAGGAUGGAUCACCACACCAGGCGCUUGAUGAAACCAUGGAGACAGAUAGGAGGACUCCAGAUAGACCAGUGUCACCGACCUUCAGUUAUAAUUCCAUUAUGUCUGACCAAACGAGGUCUGCCCCUCCUGUAUUCAAGGAUGGAGAUUCUACUCAACAAGAAGACAAUGUCUAUCUGGACAGAGCAGAUUCCAUUGUUUCUGGUGCUGAAUCAUGGAGGAGUAACAAUUCCAUGGAUGCCAUUAUUCAUUUAAAAAUGGAAGGGCGAGAAUGGACAGUCUGUGAUCUCUGUAAGAACAAGGCUAUGAAGUCCUGUCCGUCCUGCGACCAGUCCUACUGUCAUUUCCAUGUUAAGAAGCACUGUAAUGAACCCAAUCAUACACUGGUAGUGGUGAAUAGACCAUUUAAGGAGGAACUCUGUCAGGAGCAUCACAGCCCUCUGGAGGUGUUCUGCAGGACAGACCAGAUGUCCAUCUGUACCCUAUGUUCAGCCACAAAGCACAGAGGACAUGAUACCAACUACGAUGACAAAAAACAAGCAGGAAGACAGAACUUGAGUCCAGAGCAAAUUUGGAGACCGUCCUCACUUGACACUCCUCUGCCUCCUCCCGGUGAAAUCCAGUUCCUUUCAGUGACGUCAAGCUCUGUCUCUCUGAGCUGGAGGCCUCCUGAAGGACUGAACGGACCACACAAGUUCAUAGUAACCUGGGGAUUUGAUGAAGAACUGUUCAACCUGAGGGUCGAUGGUUGUAGUGUUACAAUAGAUGAACUCCAGCCUGGUAUAUGUUACCAGUUCCAUGUAGCCACAGAGGGGGAAGAUUGUAGUCGAAGCCGAUUGGUCUCAGCAUCUGUAUUAACAGUGGUCCCCGUACCCCAGGACUUACAAGUAAGCCAGUCUGGAGAAAACUCCUUCACUCUUAACUGGUCCAAGCCUGAAGGGAUGGAGAAAGUCUCUCAACGCUUCCUCAUAUCCUACUGCAGCCCAAACACAAAGACCUGUGCAGCUACUACUGAGGACUGUUACAAAACACUCUCUGACCUACAACCUGGAACUCAAUACACUGUCAGUGUCUCAACGGUUCUGAACGGAGUGCAGAGUAAACCUGUCUCUGCAGCCAUUUGCACUGUAUCCUUGUUCCUGGAGCAGUUGAAAAGGAUUGGACUAGAAGAUCAUUAUGGAAACAAGCUGACAUUAAGUACUGUCCUGGAGAUAAAUGCUGAUUCCACAUCAGAUGAGACACCUAACACUCUGCUGUCACUUCCAGGGGCUUUCCUGAAGAAGUUAAUGAUGGCAAAUGUAAAUGCCAGGAGUGUGAUGGUCAAAGGUGACUUGUGUAACAGUGAAAGGAUUAAUCCGUUGGACUUGAUUACUGCUGUCUUUCUGUGUUCAGAUGGUUUCUUACAGCAGCAGAUUGUCCUGAAAAUGUCCAUGUGUCAGUUUGCUGUUCCUCUCCUGCUGCCCAACUGUGAUACUAAACAAAGCACUUUGAUGCUCUGGUCCUUGAGGGACAUAGUGAAGAAGUAUAGACCGUCUUCACAAACAGACUCAAUGUCCUUCAUAGAGGAAAGAAUUGUAGUCUCUGAUAUUCCUAUGGUGUCCUUUGUUAGGUUAGGAGAGAGCAGCUUGUCCAAGUCUCAUAUUUUAAACAAGUUGCUUAGUAACCCUCAACAGUACCAUGACACCUUUGUUCAUCGUGAUAUGGAAUGCGGAAAUGUUCCUCGUGUAAUCUCAGAUGGCCUAGUUGAAAUUAGCUGGUAUUUACCAUGUGGGAAUAGAAACAUGGACAGGUUCACUAAUCCUGUGGCUUUCGCCAAUCUCAGGGGAGACAUCAAGUCCUUUAAAACACAGUUUUACUUUCUGUGUCAAACAUCAGCUGCAGUGGUUGUUUUUGUUGAUAAUUUAGAGGAAGAUUCUAAGGUUUUGCAAGACAAAUCCUUCAAAACCAAAUUAUUUCUGGUCAUCAACGCCCAUGUAAAAACAUUCACAGAUGAGACAUUGACAAAACUCAUCACAAAAUGCAGCAUCAAUUCAACAAAUGUGAUUGUUAAGAAAAGUGAAAAUGAUGCAGAGUUUGUUAAGAUUAUAAAGUCAUCUGUCAGUGAUAUCCUCCAAAAAAAUGAAAAACCACUGAAAAUUGAAAACAUGGCUAAAAUAGCCGAUCAGAGUGGGAUUCUGGUUGAUGAAAACUGUGAUUGCUGUCAGAGUGCCAGGAAGAUGGCAGAUGCAAUCACCAGAAACAUCACAGAUACAGUAAAAUUCAAAGAAGAACAGCUGCCCUUACAAGGUCAAAUCUGGAAAGAGAUUUCCCAUUUGGAAAAAGAGAGGUGUAGACUGAAUAAAGCAGGGAAUGAAGAGAUUGAGAAGUAUAAGAUCUCUCUAAAGACAAAAAUUGAAGAAAUGAGAGAGAAUCAAAAGAAGAUUAACAUGACAAUUGCAAUGAAACAUUUUAUAAGUGGAAUGUCUGGGUCAGUAAUGGAGCGAUCCUAUUUCCUCAAAUGGAUGCAGAUUAAUCUGGACAAUAUGUCACGACAGAAUCUAUCUGCUUUGCAGGACCAGUAUAAAGAGCUUUGUGAAAAUACUCCAGAGGAAAAAGACAAGAUUGCAGAAUUGGAUAAGCAGAUAGCUGAUUGUUCAUUGGGGAUUGAACACUUUCUUCGUGAGUUGGGCCAGUUGUAUGAAUCAUCCUGCUUCUCAAUAGAAAAAACAUUUACAACCCUAGAUUUGCAUUCUUUGUGCGCUCAAAUGCUUUUGGAUGGCUUCCCAAUUGAGCUUGUAGAUGGAUAUGCAUCAAAUAUCCCAUUAGAAUGGAUCUCUGCUGUAUUAACUGAGCUUCAUACUAAACAAAAAUCUAAAAGCAAGAUCCGUGUUGUCACUGUUUUAGGAGUCCAAAGUACUGGGAAGUCCACUCUCCUCAACACCAUGUUCGGGCUCCAGUUUGCUGUCAGCAGUGGAAGAUGUACCAGAGGAGCCUUCAUGCAACUAAUUAAAGUAAAUGAAAAACUCAAAGAAGAGCUAAAAUGUGAUUUAAUCAUGGUCAUUGAUACAGAGGGUUUGAAAUCCCCUGAGUUAGCUCAACUAGAUGACAGCCAUGAACGUGACAAUGAACUGGCCACACUGGUUAUAGGACUCAGUGAUGUCACUAUCAUCAACAUCGCCAUGGAGAACUCAACAGAGAUGAAGGACAUUCUCCAGAUUGUUGGGCAUGCCUUCAUCCGGAUGAAGGAAGUGGGAAAGAGGCCAAUUUGUCAUUUUGUUCACCAGAAUGUAUCAGACAUGUCGGCUCAUAACAAAAACAUGAGGGCCAGGAAGAAGUUCUUGAAACAGUUGGAUGAAAUGACCAAGGCAGCAGCCAGAAUGGAGAAGAAGGAGAACAUCACCAAGUUCACUGACGUGAUGGAAUAUGAUCCAGCCACCAGCAGCAGCUACAUCCCAGGACUCUGGCAUGGAACUCCUCCUAUGGCUCCAGUCAACGCUGGAUACAGUGAGGCUGUGUAUGACUUCAAGAAGAGCUUGAUGCAAAUAUUGAAAGAAUGCAAGGGUGAUAAUGAUUUGACAGGUUUCCUGAAGUGGACAACAAGCUUGUGGGAGUCUGUGAAAUUUGAGAAAUUCAUCUUUAGUUUCAGAAACAGCUUAGUUGCAGAUGCAUACUCCAAUAUAUGCAGUGAGUACAAUGGUUGGGAAUGGUCAUUCCAGAAGGAAAUGUAUUCUUGGAUGGUGUGUGCCGAAAACAAAAUUUCUAAUUUAGGCCUAGCAGAUCCUCAGUCUCAAAUGAAAGAAAAUGUCCUGGAUGUUUUGUUAACAGAAGCAUCUAAAAAGAUUGUAGUUGGAGAAAAGGAAAUCCAAAGCAAUAUAGUAAAGUACUUUGAAAAGCAAGACGGCCAUGUAAAUCUAGUACAGAAAUACAAGGAGGACUUUGUGGCCAGUGCCAACAUAUUGAGGAGAGAGAUGGAAAACAAAGUUAGGAGCACUCUACAUAGAGCUGUUGAGAUCAAAGAGGGGAUGGCCAAACUGGAAAAGAUCAAAUGCUCACACGCAGAAACAAUGGAAAAGAAAGUUCUGGCUUUGCUGCAAAUAUGCAGACACAAGAAAUCAGAUUUAUCAGAUCAGGAACUUGAAGAAGAGUUUGAAAGCAUGUGGAAGGAAACUUUGUCUGAGAUCUACAUCAGCACACUCCCAAAAAGAAAUAUUGCUCAGGAUGCCUUUGUUGUGUUAAGUAGAACUUUAACAACAAGGGGAGGCUUUGUGAAUAGUAUGUUGGUUGAAAACAGUUUAAGGGAUUGUGGGACAAAACCCUUUGCUGUAAAAUCAGGGUAUUGUUCUGAUAUGGAAAAAAAUGAUUCCCAACAACUACAACACAUCAAGGAAUUGCAAAACUUCUGUAACCGAAUUGUAGCAAAGUGUCAAGACUCUAUUACCCAGAGGGUGGAAAGCCAAACAGAUUACUAUGACACUUACAUCAAGGAACUGCUUGAAAUGAUUGAUGAAACAUUACUACAAAACAAGGAAUUGAAAGUUAGUGAGGAAUGUGAGGUUUCACUGAAGUUACACAUCUGUGGCAUAGCAGCCAAUGAGUUCCAGAAGAUGCAUGAAUAUUUCAUUACAAUCAAUGAUCCAAGAAAGUGUCUAAAUCAGUCUAAGAGCAAGUACCUUAUUGAUUUCAUAGACUUGUUUCAUGAGCGAGACCAAUGCCAAAAGAAAGCUGAGGAUUUCACCAAGCUGUGUUUACAACCAGCUGUACUGGACUAUGUGACCAAAAUGAUUGGUCCUGAUGUGGUGGAUGAAAUGAAGUCUGGUAAAGGAUCAGAGGAUUAUUGCACAAGAGGGGCUUUCCAAUUCUCCAUUUUAAAACAGCUCUUGACUGUUGGAGAGUAUGAGAAAUAUAGAGAGUACAUUAGAAAUUAUGAACAGUUUGUGAAGCAGUGGCUGUUUGACCAUAUUGUCAACCAACUGUCAAAAGAGAGUAGUCUGAAAAAAUUGGAGAAGAUGCAUCUUACAGAGAUAGUCAAAUUAAUCACUAAUGCUAUAGUAACAUUCAGAAAUACAACCAGCACUGAUAAAGAGAUUAAGACGUUCAUUCAGAAUUUCUGUGGUGCCCUUGGAGACAAGCUUGUACUUCCGAAGGAUGCUCUGAAUUCUAUCAUGACGCUUAACUACUCUAGAAAUACAGAACAGUUCUCUGACAAUCUCAUAGAGUUUGUGGGAGAAAUGAAGCAGUCACUGGCUGACAAAUACGACAAUGAAACCGACAUCAAAGAGCGACUCAGGUCUCUACCAUUCAAGCCUCAGGACAAGAUGUUCACCAGUCUGUUUGGUUGUGGGGAGGUUUGUCCCUUCUGUAAAGCACCAUGUGAAGCAGGAGGAAAGGAACAUUCAAAACACUUCACCUCCAUUCAUCGUCCACAAGGAAUCUAUGGUUGGAAGACUAGGAAGGUGUUGGUAACUGAUAUAUGUUCCUCUGAUGUGAUAAGUAACAACAAAUUCAACCUCUCUCGGGUAGGAGUCCAUAACCACCCGUACAAAGACUAUCAGAAAUAUUUCCCAGACUGGAUCAUAUCUGGCGACCCCAGCAUUGAGGCCUCAGACUACUGGAAAUAUGUGAUGGCCACAUUCAAUGAGAGAAUUGCUGAAGACAACGAUGGGCUUCCUGCUGACAUCCCAGAGGACUGGAAGACAUUAACACCUAAGGAUGCAAUGAAGUGCUUGGAAACAACAUUUAACAUGACAUGAAGUUCAAAAAGUCCAUG